AUGGCCGUCCAGAACCCCCCGGUGCCAGAGGAGAAGCUCGGAGUCCCCUCUCGCAACCCUCUACCUCUCUCAGCAUCACAAGAAGCACAAGUCCGAGACAUCUUCUACCAAAAAGUCAUGACCACUAACAACCCCCCAGCAUUCGCCGCAUGCGCCCUCGGCCGCACAUUCACCGUCUCCUUCGCCUGCCGCGCCGAACACCGCUCCAUGAACAGCUGCAUGAAGCUCCACGCCACACAAUCCGCACACGACGAGGCACGCGAGGAGUGGUUCGCCCUACGAAUAGAGCGCCAGCGCGAACGCGAGCGAAAAGCCAGAGUCGCACAGGCCCAGGAGGAGUUUAUGCGGGAGUGGUGGGGACUGCCGGAGCACGUGCGGCUGUCGAGACAGAAGGAGAUGGAGCAGAGGGGGGAGAGGAUACACGGACUUACGGCGAAGGAUAGGCCGAGGGGCGAGGGACAAUGA